GCAAAAAUGACUUUCAAAAGGACUAGUAUGUCCUUUUGCUUCUGCUUUAGGUAGCCACUGAAGAACAAGGCGGACAAAAUAUAGUCCAGUUUUUCAACGUCUGACUGGCGACAGUUAAGUGCUACUAUGGGCUGAAAAGCCGCUACCUAGUUCAUUGCUAGGGGCAUGUGACAUAAUAGGUGUGGGCACCCACAAAAUGGUUAUGGUUCCCAAUUCCGACAGCCAUCGCAUCAACGUUUUCUGGAGGUUCUGGCAGCCUUGCUAUUUGCAAGAGGUCCUCUUGAUAUUCAUUCUACUGACUGGCGCAGCAUGUCCUCAGCAGCAAAAAGAUGCGUUGGAUGGCUGCACAGGAACGUAUGGCACCACGCAGCUGCUUUCCAUGCUAAGCCCACAGCAGCUGGCAGAUGGCGCCCUUGCGUCACCUCCUAUUCUCAAUUGGGAUUUUGGUAGUCAGCAGCGCGCCCUGGCGGCUGUGGCAGGCGCCCGUGUCAACAUGUCUUGCUUGGCGGCGGUGAACGUGACGCUGCCCGGACCCACCGGGUCUCGGGGCUUCUUGCAGCCAGCGGCAAUCGACCUUUCUGCCGCAACAGGCCUUGACAUGGACCACGUGUCCCUGAGCACCGACUGCGACACGGUACUGGAGUACCAGCAGUUCUUCUGCUCCUCCCACAGCGUCGCGGGCAGCCUGACGCUUGAGCCGGGAGCAGUCUACUUCAGCCAGUGGCAGGACGGCUUCACCUCGCUGCGCAAUGUGACCCUCACGUGCAGCGCGCCCAACCAGACGGCCCCACAGCCCCCCUGCCGGCUGGCGGCAGUGCAGACGGCGCAGCAGCUGCUGGACGCGUUCCUGGUGUACGCAACCGCAGUCGCUGCUGCGAACGUCACAGUGCUAAUUGCUGCCAACAUCUCUGUGCCUAAAAGCUCUUGGCCCGACUCGCCGGUGCGAGUCACAACCAACAUGAUAGUGGCGGGUUCGGCGCGCCUGUUCCGCCCAGUUCUGGACUUCAACCUCAUGGUCAGCAUGUGGGAGGUGGUGCCGCCUUACACGGUGACCCUUGUCAACCUCACGUGCGCCAACUUGGCGCCGGCGUAUUUUAGCCCCACCUACAACUUCUCACAAUUUGGAAUGCUUUCGGAGCGAGUCUGGGCAUUCCGCAGGUAUGGUCAGUUACUGCACAUUGUCAACACAACCUUGGUGGUGCCGCCUGAGGAGCUAGCAUACACCAAGUACUGGGUAACGUUCCUCGUAUCGCCCGUUCCGGAGGCACAGGCAAAGGCGUCGUGGUAUCGGGUCAUCGACAUCAAGGUGUCUGCCGUCAACGACACUGGCAUAUACUACAGCACUGUAAGGGCCUUCACCGUCACCUACACGGGUGUGCGCCUGACUGACGACCUGAACGGCAGCUACCCGCUGCUGCCCCAGGUCACGGGGCUGAUGCAGUUCGAGGCGGAUAGCGUGCCGCUGUCCGCUGUGAACGCGGUUGGCAACGCAGCAGACUUCCUGCUGUCUCUCAAUUCCAGCAAUAGCGUACCGGAUGACCAAGGUCGGCGUUGGGUAAUUAUAGUUGCAAACUUCUCAACCACGGAUGGCAAGGCGUGGCCAACGUCGGAGAGCGGCAACAGCAGCAGCAGCGCUAACGGUACCGACGGGGGCGCUGUGGUGCUUCCUGGGAGCACCGUCAUAAAGGCGCAUCCCAGGUUGCAAGUCGCGCGUCUUGGCCUUGGCGCUCAGGCGAACUCGAUCGGCAUUCCCGCUGGUAAGAAGCUGCUGCUGCGUCAGCUGGUGUUGAGCGGGCUGGCGGCUCGUCGCUCGUCGUACAGCGCUGCGGACCCGCUGGGUGUGCUGGUGAGCCCGCUGUGGGGCCUGUCGCUGGCGAAUGGCAGCAGUGUCGGCCUGGAGGGCUGCACGGUGCUGGUCAGCGCGGACGAGCUGAGGCUGCUGCAGCAGGCGCUGCUGCCGGCCAACGAGACGCAGGGGCAGCCGUACAGCAGCGCAGUUCUGGAUGCGGUGCGGGAGUUCUUCUCGAACUCGUUCAAAGAAACACCGAAUGUGGGGUCAUAUGGAGCGUUGUACAUUUAUGUGGAGUCGGGUGCGACGCAGCGGUACAACAUGACGGGCGUUACGUUCCGGACCCCCGUGGCAGCGGAUGGCGAGCUCGCCUCCAGCAACUUCACGCUGCUGGGUGUGCCGUACGACACGGGGGGUAGAGGCAAGCUGGCAGGCUGGGCAGUGGGGGUCCUGGUGGGGUGCCUGGUGGGUGGCGUGCUGCUGCUGGCCCUGGCGGCGGCGCUGCUGGUCAUGCGGCGGCGCCGGCGGCAGGGCAGCGGCGGCGGGCAGGGCGCGUACGACAAGUAUCUCCGCGCCAGUGCGGACCCCGGGGCGGGGCCGCAUGCGGGCGGCGGCGGACUGGACCUGAUGCCCCCGAGCACGGAGCUCACCAACAGCAGCCAGGUGCUGCGGCCGGGGGCGCGCAACAGCGAUGUGGAGGCGGCAGACGCGGUGUUACGAAGGCUCAAGGGGGGCGGGUUGGAUCCAACCUCUGCGUCCGGAGACUGUGGCAACACGGGCACGCGGACGCCAACCACGAUAGCAACGUGCCGCAACAGCGCCAGUGCCGGCGCGACCAGUGGCAGCAUCGCUAUCGGCUUGUUUCCGUCGCAAGCGGGGGCAACGUCCGUGACAGGGGGCGCCUCGGCGCAUGAUUCCGGCAUGGAUGUGGGUAGGAGCCAGAUGACUGACUCCUUUGAGCGCCCGCCCACCACAACCUUCCUCGGCCAGCACGGCGCCGCCCCCAUCCCCGCCAUCAGGGCUGUACAGAUGCUCAGUCAGGCUACCGUUGUGGGGCCACGGUCUAGUGGGCAGGCUUCCGGUCUAGGGGUAACGCCCACCGCUGCCAGCCAGUGCCAGAGCAACCUAAGCACCGGCGGCGGCGGGGCUCUGGAGCAGAUGCAUGCGAUGAUCCAGGUGCUGGGUCGGGAAUUCAACGACCGGCAGCUAGAGGUGCAUGGCUUGCUGGGCAAGGGCGCGCAUGGAACGGUCUACAAGGGCAUCUGGCGCGGCUUGCCGGUUGCCGUCAAGUCCAUGAUCUUCUGCUCCGACAGCAAUGCGCGGCAGCAGCAGCGGCCGCUCAUGGAGGCGGCCAUCAGCUCUAACCUGGCGCACCCUAACAUUGUCACCACCUACUCGUACGAGCUGCGGGAGGUGGAGCACGAGCUGGCCAGCCUGUCUCCGGAGCUGGCCCGGCAGGGGGGCGGCUGGCGGCUGCUCAUCAUCCAGGAGUACUGCGACGCGGGGCCUCUGCGGCGAAUAGUGGACUGCGGGUUCUUCUUGGCGCCACCGAAGGCCCCACCUGCACGCGCCAAAUCCAAGCGGCCUAGCAAGUCGCUGCUGCGAAAGGACUCGCCUGCAGCCAACGAAAGCAGUGUGGGGACCGCCAGCGCAUCCAGUGGAGCAGUACCGAUGCCCGUUAAUCGGGGCAGCAGCAGCGGCAGCGCCAGCAGUGUUGCUGGCAAGGGGCAGCAGGGCAGCUCAGCAUCGCAUGUCGUUGCGCAAAGCGUCUUGCAGGCUAGUGGCGAUGUUGGCGCAGGGGCACCGUCCGCACCCGCCGUUCAGCCUGCACGUCAGGUGGUUGACGACGUGCCUGCCGACGUUCCUCCGCGGCCCGGCAGCAGCCUGCAGGCGGCUCAGCGCUACGUGGAGGCGGCGCUCAUGGUAGCUCGCGGGCUGCAGCACGUGCACGACAAGAACAUUGUGCAUGGCGACCUGAACCCCAACAACGUGCUGCUGGUGCGCGCGCCCGCCUCGCCGCUGGGCUUCUGCCUCAAGGUGUCGGACUUCGGGCUGUCGCUGCGCAUGUCGGAGGGCGAGUCGCACCUCUCGAACCUCUUCCAGGGGUCGCCCUACUACUGCGCGCCGGAGGUGGUCCUUUCUGGCAAGAUUGGCAAGAGUUCCGACAUCUACUCUCUGGGCAUCGUGUUGUGGGAGCUUCAGAACGGCUCCCGGCCGCCCUGGCGCAGGGGCGUGCGGCUGCGCACCUUCCCCUCGCUCAACACCGGAGAGCUCGAGUUCGGCUCCGAAACCCCGCCGCGGUACGUGCGCCUGACGCGCGAGUGCUUCCAUGCGUCCAAGGAUGCGCGACC